AGCCAAGAAGAGGAAUGUUGCGAAAACUUUACAUUCCUAUAUAAAUAAGUCGGUCACACGUUCUGUUUCAGUUUUUAGUUCACGCUCCUAAAGCUCAAGAGCCAGUUGAAAAUCUUUUACACAACCAUGUCUCUGGAACGUCAAGUCAAAGCAAAAAUCGCUGCCAAGCGUAACCCACAACAAGACGCAGAAGCUCAAGAAUGGAUUGAGACAGUUUUGGGUGCCAAGUUUCCACCAGGUGAGCUCUACGAAGACGUGAUUAGAGACGGCACCGUUCUCUGCCAGCUCAUUAACAAAUUGGCACCAGGAUCUGUGCCCAAGAUCAACACAAGCGGGGGACAGUUCAAAAUGAUGGAGAAUAUCAACAACUUCCAAGCAGCCAUCAAGAAAUACGGAGUUGCCGAUGUUGACGUAUUCCAAACUGUCGAUCUAUGGGAGAAGAAGGACAUUGCCACCGUCACCAACACCAUAUUCGCUCUUGGCAGAACCACCUACAAGCACCCUGAAUGGAGUGGCCCAUAUCUAGGACCUAAGCCAUCCGACGAAAACAAACGUGAAUUCACUGAAGAACAGUUGAGGGCUGGAGAAACCAUUGUCGGUCUUCAAGCAGGAACCAACAAGGGAGCCUCCCAAUCUGGACAAAACAUGGGUGCCGGCCGUAAGAUUAUCCUUGGAAAGUAAACUUGGGAACAAUAAGAUAUUCUGUAUACUGAUGCCAAAAAUGAUGAAAAUGAACAAACAUAUAAAUUGGAUGAAUACAAUGUCUCAAGGACUAAAGUUUUGAGUUUUCACCUCAAAAUUUGAAAUUCACCACCUACGUAUAUUUUAUAUGUUUCUUACAACAAUAUAUACUUCCAUAUUUUUUACUCAUGUAUAAUUAUUUAAAUAAAAGUUUAUUUAUUUUUCAA